AAAAAAACAAUACCAGAAGAAGCAAUUAUGGGAACAGAUAAAUUAUGUUGUUGGUCUGAUCUACCAAUUGACAUCUUAGCUUCAAUUAUCAAACUUCUAGAAGCUCGGAUCGACAUUAUUCGUGUCGGAAGCGUUUGCCAAUCAUGGCGAAACUCAAUUGCCUAUUAUCGCAGCAGUGCGAAGGGUAAUGUUAUUAGCCCACUUGCACUCCCUUUCCAUGAUUCUCUUCAGAAAUACAGCUCUUGUCGAAUCAAGACUCCUAAAUUCUUGAACUUUUAUUUAACGAUUACCUAUAUGGUAAAACCAAUUUGUCAAGAUUCUAAAAGUUUCUUGAUUGAAGUUGAUCAUCAUCACUUAGGGCAACACAAAGCACGCCUUUUACACCUCGUCACACGAAACAACGAUACUAGUUUUCAUCGUAACGGGGUUGUUGAUUCAAGAAAUUAUCACGUAUCAGAAUUAUGCAGAAAUUACACACUCAGAUAUAUAUACGAUUCGAGUUCUAAUAGAAAAAUUUCUAUAUUCAAGAAAGUGAUUAUUUAUCCAGAUAAUGAUCGCACUAGAAGAGAAGAUUGUGUGGUGUUUGCUAUUAAUCUAAGCGGAAAUUUGAUUUACAGUAAAUUUGGAGAUGGGGAUUGGAAGAUGAUAAGCAAAAAUACUGAUGAUUUUGAAGAUAUGAUUGUUUAUAACGGACAAGUGUAUGCUGUUGAUUGGUGGAGUCAUCUUUGGAUUAUUGAUUGUUCAUCAUCAGAUUAUUUUAUUAAAUCUGUAUGUGAGUCAAUUCGUGAGGGUCCUGCGAAGAAUAAUUUGGUGGAAUCAUGUGGUGAUCUUUAUCUAAUAAUAGUGAGUGUUCACAAAGGAAUCAAAGUUUAUAAACUGAGAGAUUGUAAAUAUUGGGAUUUGGUGCGAAACAUUGAUGGUCGUUUUUUUCCCGUCCCGAAGCGAAUCACUGAUGAUCGUAUUUUUUUCGUCCCGAUGGGCUAUAAUUCUUCAUUCUCUAUUUCGGCUAAAGAUAAUCUGGAGCUAAACGAGAUGUUAUAUUUCUUUUCUUUGCAUACACCGGAAUAAUGUGUAUUCCAAAA